CAAACUACCCGCACGUAUAGCGGGUAUUAUUUUUUCUUUCCUUUCUCAACGUUUUUAACUUUCUCGUUUAAUAGAAUAUUUUCCUAAAAUUCAAUAUCGUAUAUGAAGAACACCUUGUCAAGUAUACCCAACAAGUUGAAAUGGUAAACUCUGACAUUUACUAGAAAUGAGUUUUCGUUUUCUGUAAGCACAUGUUGAAGUUACGCGGUUAAACCGCUAUAUUCGCGCUUUAGUACGGCUCUAUGAAGUAUAGAAUGGCAAAGUUGUGGAGGUAGCUGGUUUUCUACUUGCCAUAGACUCGUCUAGUACCUACCAUCCAGAAAGUUAUUUCACGUAACGACGUGUAACCUACAUAACUUUCGACGUUAGUGCCGAAGAAACAGAGAUAGAGGCAGGGAGAGAUAGAAAUGAAAGAAGGUGGAAAGUGGGUGUAAAGAGGGUAAAAAGAUGAUGUAAAGAGGAGGAGAAGAAUACUAAAAGCAGAACCAAACGAAAUGGACGAAAAGUAAAGACGCGGUCCUACAUUAUCAUUAGAUUAACGUUUACCAUGUUUUAACAUUUCACAUUAACGAACCCGAACGAAUGCGGAAUUUUUAAUUGGUACGGAAACUUUACCAUUACCGGAUGUAUUUAUCUACGAACUUUGCUUAUCUCCGUCUGUAUAAUAAGAGGGUCAGGAUAAUCUAUUCUGUUCACUAAUCUUCUGAUAUUACAUACUGGAUAAGUUAACUGUAAGAAAUGAGUCUCAAAGGUACUCGCUCGAUAUUCAUUAAAAUUAAAAAGUCAAGAAACAUCACUGCAUUAUCCAUUCCCUCUUUCUCUCUCUUUUUCGCAAACAUCGAGAUUCCUCCUGUACCAUUUUUUGUAGCGUGAUUCUGCUUACAUUUCCGGUUCAGGAAUGAUCAUUCGCAUAAAUCAUCGUCAAAAGUCAGAACGUGUGGCUCUUUCGAAUCGGACGACAAGGUAAAAAGUUGGAAAGUAACCGUGGGAAUUGAAAUCCCAUGGCGGCACGUCGCAUCGCAUCUCGUAUUCGCCAUCGAGACGAAUACGAAAGGAGACGACGAAUCGGUGCUUCGAUGUCCAACGAAAAAUGGAUUAUGGAAAGUAGGCCUUGAGAUUUAUGCUUUUUCGGAUAUGCAUAUACGAACGCACAUACGACAUACGAUGAGUAUUAGGAACGACGAGAAGAAAAGAAAGAAAUUUUUUUUAUUCAAUUUGCUUAUUGCAUUCGAUACGAAAAGAAAGAUAAAUCAAUUGGAAAUCUUUAGGAUCGAAAGUAAAAAGAACUAUCGUAAAAGUAGUAAUCUUCUAUCGAGAGCAUUUUAAUAAAGUCGGUACGUUUUUGUAAUAGGGCUUGGUAAAAAUCUGCUUUACAUCGCGCGCGUAAUAUCAGAGAGACAUCGAUGCUCUUCUCUAAAUAAAGAGGCAUCCGCGUGUCGUACCAUUAAUAAUAUCUAAAAUUUAUGCGUUCGCAUACCUACCUAGCAAAAUGUUUAUCAGGCGUCAUCGUAGUUGCGUCGAUGCAUUGGUCAGCGUUAUAGCACCGUGGUUUUAACCCAAAUCCACGGAAGGCGGAUAGGGGGUGAUCGGCCGAUUUCUCUCAUUCCAUUCACCUCUUUCGAUAAUAUAGCCUCUUGCCCGCAACGUGUUUACGCCAACGGACAUUACCCCAUCUCGGUCUCGCGUACAUUUUGCCAACGCAGCGUAUAUACACGUAGCUACGUACGGACAAAUAUAAUAAUGAUUCGGUGCAAACGAAGGAAUGUUGAAAAUAGAAGAAAUAGUUAUUCGAAAGGAUAAGAGUUUCUGAAAGAAAGUUUGAAAGUUUGAAAAUUUUCUACACGUCUCUUGAAACUAAAUCGACGCACGUUCGAUUAUUCCAUGCGAAAGAAUCGUGUCUUCUUCGAGCCAACUCGAGUCUUUUCUUUCUCUCAAAGAAAAUUCGAACAACGACCUUAUCCGUCGCUCUAUAAAGUUUGCUCUUCUAAGGAACCUUCUACUACCACUAAUACCAUAGACGAUCGCUGUGGAACAGUUGACCCGUUUUAUCUUGGCCAACUCUGCGGUCGUUGCGCGGUCCGUGCGAAUACAUCGAUGCAUAGCAUUGCAAAUUUGGGUGGUUGGAAUAAAUCCAAAUGUGGAGUCUGCCAAUGUUUCAACGGAAUUUAAACAAACUCCUCUUUUGCCGCACGAUAUUACAUCUCCGAGAUUUUCUCGGAUGUUUAUUAGCGUGGAAGAGAAAAGCUAAGUGUUCUUUAUCAAGUAUCUAUAUUCUCUUCUCCCUCUCUGUCUCUCUUUUACCUUCUUUCCUCUUAUCUUUUGUCUCUCGAACGUACCGUUCCUUUACAUUUAUGUUGAGGCACGUCCGCCACGUGAAAGUUUCUUAUUUAAAUUUGCCCCUUGUGUCGUUUCGUAUCUCAUACUUGUGUGUCUACAGACAUGUGUGAAAGUUUUCGACUCCGUUUUAUAGAAUCUUCCUGGUUUAGCUUCGUAUCCUCUUUGACAUUAAAUCGAUUUGCCCUGGUAAGAGAUGCCAGAAUAUAUUUUUCGCUGCUCGAAUCUGCUUAACGAGGCGCGAGAUAAAUCACGUGCGAUAGACCGUAAGUAAAGAAUCUUGCGAGUCGUUGCUCCCGAUUGAAAAGAAAUAAAGAUAAUGAUUUAUGGUCCUCGGUUCUUGAAAAUACUAAAUGCUAAAUUGCUAAAUGCUUUAUUCGCUUCUAUAGGUAGGUAGGUAGGUAGGUAGGUAGGUAGGUAAAAGCUCGAAGGUGUCACGUAUCGAACGGCAAUCAUCGAGCGCGUGUGCGAAUAAGUGUAAAGACGCGUGCACGUUAAGUGGAGCAACGACCGGAGGAAGCAAGUCGCUCGGAAGUUGGAAGACUUGUCUGUAGCGACCGUCGGCUCCGUUCUGUCGGCUUUUCUAGGUACAAUACUUUCGUCUUUCGAUUUGGUUUACAUGGGUUAAAAAAAAAGACCGACGGCGACGACGCGAUAGCAACAAGGGCAUCGCCAAUGGUGAAAACGAGUGAACAACAUGGGGGGUCUGUUUCCCGCGUUUCUUUCUUUUCCUUCCGCAUGCAUUGGUCGAUCUUUCUUUUCCUAAGGCAGCCGUGGCGUCGCGACGUCCUGCCGACUACGACGCCCAAUCUCUUUCUCUCUCUUUCUCUCUCUUUCUUCCUCUUCAUUUCCUUUCAAAGAGGUCCUUCGAGUAGUCGAGUCGGAGGAUCGUAGAGACCGAUGACUCGAGUACUUUCAAAGAAACUUUUAUUAAAGAAAGCAUUUAUCUAUGUAGAUGUAGAUCAAUUCGAUCGAAUUUGAACGUCAAAUAGAUUUUUCAACGGAACGAAGACGUCCUCAUCUCGUAGAGAAUCGCUCGACUGACUUUUUAAUGUCCGAAACGUUUACCGUUCGUUUCACCGCAAGCUCUGUUAUUCGAUUUAAUUAACGUCGAACUAAUCGAUUAUAACAGACGUGCGUCAGAGGAAUAAAAAUGUACAUAAACUCCAAUAUACAUGCCUUCAAGCCGUUCGAACGUAUCGUUUGAUAGAUUGAAAUUGUUUAAACUUUGAUCAUUAUUGGAAAAUCUUGAAAAAAUUUCGAACAUUUGAUACGUUAACGGAACGUUUCAAACGAAAUAGGAGGGAAUGAAAGGGAUACUUGCAAUCGGUCGCAUAGCAUUUAUCGGAAGCUUUCAUCGAUCGCGUUGUCCUUAUCGAGCGUGAUUAAUCUCGUGUACUGGUCCUUGUUUUUGUACGCCUGUUAUCUCGAUGGAAAUUGCGUUACUCUUUGCUAUCGAUCGCACGAGGAAAAGCGUUUUCUGCAGGCGAGUCAAGUUCGUGCGUCGAUGCAUACAUAUUAUCGAAGAAGCGACAAAACGAAAAAGAGAGGGAAAUUUUCGGUACAAAUGAUGAAGGGUCGUCAUCAUUUUCGACGUCGAUUCAGUCUACAGCCGUCAUCGUUGAAGGAAGGACAGGAAGAUGGAACAACGAAGAACGUUAGAAGCGAAAGACUAUCGGAAUCGGACAGCGGCGGUGGCGGCGAUGGAGGAAAAUCGGUCGAAAGUUCUGUAAGACACAAAAUCGUUGUGAUGGGUGCUGCAAAGGUCGGCAAAUCGGCAAUAAUCAACCAAUUUCUUUAUGGUACUUUCACACCAAAAUACAAGCGCACGGUUGAGGAAAUGCAUCACGGGGAUUUUAACGUUUCCGGUAUUCACCUUACUCUUGACAUCUUGGACACGUCCGGCUCGUACGAGUUUCCAGCAAUGAGAGAUCUUUCCAUCAAAUCUGCCGACGCGUUUGUCUUAGUCUACGAUGUAAACGAUGUCAAUACCUUUCACGAAGUGAAAACGUUGAGGGCAUUGAUAUUGAAUACGAAAGGAGUAGUACCUAUCGUUGUUGUAGGUAACAAAUUGGAUCUCGUCGAGAAGGAACAAGAGGUAGACAGCGAGAGUACCAGAGAAUUAGUCACCGCCAAGUGGGAAAACGGUUUCGUUCAAGUAUCUGCAAAAGAUAAUUUGAAUAUCUCUCAAGUUUUUAAAGAAUUGUUAUUACAGGCAAAGCUAAAAUAUAAUCUGAGUCCUGCAUUACGACGACGACGCCGUCAAUCCUUACCACCGCCUCCGCAUUUGAAUUCUCGCAGUAGCAGCGCGCACGUACCAUCACCGGCGCAGCUGCAACACUUGCAACAAAUACGCGAGCGCGCUGAAUCAAAGAGAAAUUCUUGUAUUCUAUCGUAAGAGUUCCUAGUGUUCCUUCGAUACAUACGAUCCUACAACAAUGUGUCUUUCCUUUCGAAUCUUUCAAUUACAUAGGUACACAAGUUCGUCUUUCGCCAACAUAAUCGAACGUAGGAUUAAGCUUUUAAACGGGAUUUAUAACGAGAAAGAAUUUUCAAAAGACAUGUAAAAGCAUCUGCGUAAGCUAUAUGUCUGCUUUAUGCAGAAAUUUCUAUUUCUUUUGGCAAAAUUAAAAAAUAUAUUCUAUUUGAAGACAUAAUCCUAUCUCGAUGACCGUCACCUUUUCUAACUUCCCGACAAAAAUUAAUCUAUGUCGAUCGCUUUAAAAGUCCUUUGUUAUUUCCUUAUUUUAUAGAGUAAUCAUUGGUAGAUCUAGUAUCGUUUGAUCGAAUUACGAACUUUCACAUCUUUAAUACAAUUUAUUUAUCGGUAAUGAAACUUAUUGACCAACUUACACGAUAGGAUACACACAUACACACACACAUAUACACGUAUGCAGGAUAAACUAUAUAACGUAGCAACUUUCGAUCUAUACAUAGUAUAUAUCUUAACAGAUGGUGUAAAUAUAAAAUACAUAUACCUAUAUCUGUAACACGUCCGAAAGAAUAGAUACGAAAUAGUUGCAUUUAAAGCCACUCGUUGCGGAAAAUAGUAUACAUUGUUUCGCAUGAUCGCCUUAAAAAUAAAGAUCGUGAAUAUAUUCAUUUUGAUGUCAAUAUUUUCUAAACGAGUUCUCUUAGAGAUGAUAUAGAGAAGAAAUAUUAAUCCAUGUAUAUGAAGCUUAAAUAAAUAGAAAAAUUGCGUGAUUAUAGUCUCGUAUGCCUCUGAAUGUAUUUUACUACCAAUUUCAGGGUGACUUCACACUGCCCAGUACUUUUUUCUUCACCAAUUGUUUUCAUACUUGCUUAUAUGUAUGUAGGUGAAAUGUGUGUAAACUUUUAACGUAUGUUUAUUCGACAAAAGUUAAACUUAUAAUUAAACUAAAACUUUUGUGUAACGUUCCUAUUUAAUUGUACAUAAGCAGUAAUCUUAUUGAACUAGCGACUAUACUUUAAUAAAAAGAGACAAAGAGAGAGAGAGAGAGAGAGAGAGAGAGAGAG